UGCGGGCCGGGCCGGGUGGUGGGCAGCCGCCGGCGGCCGCCGCGCAAACUCGUGCCGCUCGCUUACAAGCAGUUCAGCCCCAACGUGCCGGAGAAGACCCUGGGCGCCAGCGGGCGCUAUGAAGGCAAGAUCGCGCGCAGCUCGGAGCGCUUCAAGGAGCUCACCCCCAACUACAACCCCGACAUCAUCUUCAAGGACGAGGAGAACACGGGUGCCGACCGCCUCAUGACCCAGCGCUGCAAGGACCGUCUGAACUCGCUGGCCAUCUCCGUCAUGAACCAGUGGCCCGGAGUGAAGCUGCGGGUAACCGAAGGCUGGGAUGAGGACGGCCACCACUCAGAGGAGUCCUUGCACUAUGAAGGCCGCGCGGUAGACAUCACCACCUCAGACCGAGACCGCAAUAAGUAUGGACUGCUGGCGCGCUUGGCAGUGGAGGCUGGCUUCGACUGGGUGUAUUACGAGUCCAAGGCCCACGUGCAUUGCUCGGUCAAGUCCGAGCACUCUGCUGCUGCCAAGACAGGGGGCUGCUUCCCCGCUGGAGCCCACGUGCGCCUCGAGAGCGGGGCGCGUGUUACCCUUUCAGCGGUGAGGCCAGGAGACCGGGUGCUGGCCAUGGGGGAGGAUGGGAACCCCACAUUCAGCGAUGUGCUCAUUUUCUUGGACCGUGAGCCAGACAGGUUGAGAACUUUCCAGGUCAUUGAGACCCAGAAUCCUCCACGCCGUCUAGCGCUUACACCAGCCCACCUGCUCUUCACUGCUGACAAUCACACAGAAUCGGCAGCCCACUUCCGAGCUACAUUUGCCAGCCACGUGCAACCUGGCCAGUAUGUGCUGGUGGCAGGGAUACCAGGCCUGCAGCCUGCCCGAGUGGCCUCUGUUUCUACACAUGUGGCCCUUGGGGCUUAUGCUCCGCUCACAAGGCACGGAACACUGGUGGUGGAAGAUGUGGUGGCUUCUUGCUUUGCAGCUGUAGCUGACCACCACCUGGCUCAGUGGGCCUUCUGGCCCCUGCGACUCUUUCCUAGCAUGGCAUGGGGCAACUGGGUCCCGGUCGAGGGUGUGCACUGGUAUCCUCAGCUGCUCUACCGCCUAGGGCGUCUCUUGCUAGAAGAGGGUAGUUUCCACCCACUGGGCAUCUCUGGGACAGGGAGCUGAAAGGACCCUACCACUGCCUUCCUGGAACUGCUGUGCUGGAUCCAAAGGCCUCCCAACAGGAUCCCUGGAAGGGAUCUGAGCCUCAUGAGGACGCUGGUCCCAGCUUCUCCUCUGGAGUGGGGAGAUGCACCAUUGAGACUUGACUGGGCUCCUGUCCCCUACUCUCAUCUUGGUGUAGUGAUAGAGCUGCAAGCUGAGCUGUCACAAGGAUGGUGGGCUUUCCUUUCCUAGAGACCUGAGACCAGCCUGCCAUUGCUACUAUUUUACACCCUGCCUCUCGCCAUGAGGAGGGUCCAUUCCAUGUCUUUGGACCUCUUAAUCCAGUCUUUCAUGGGGCCUGGGUUUCUGACUUUACUGUUGGUAACAGACCACAGUAUGAAAAGAUUCUGCCCGUCGGUGGGCUUGCACCUCAGUUGAUGCUGCUAGAUUCCCUGGGAGCCAGCAGGGAGCUGGCUGGACUCAUUGCUGCCCAGACUCCAGAAGGCCACAGCCAGCCCGUCCGUCCUGAGGCCUGACCUGCCCCGCUGACCACACUCCUCCAGACCCACCCUGAGAUUUUUUUUACUGUCAGGGGGCAGAGUUCUCUGCCCUGGCAAUGUGACCAUAGUACCUGGAACUGUGAGGGAGGGGCCUGAAUGUCCUCGCUACCCCUGCCCAGGCUAGGCUCCCUUUUCUGCUGACCCAUGACCCCCACCCCCUCCUCCGGUCAGUCUUCCCCACCUUAUUUAUUGGCAUGGAGGGGGAAGCUCAUGGGAGAAUUUUGGGAAUGUUUUGGUCUUCCUUUUGUAAUAAAAUUAUUUAAGUUGUUA